AUGACAAAUAUCCGGCGGGGGAGGGGAAACCCUGAAAAACUCCUUUCUCCCCGCUGCCAGUGUCAAUCUCGUUCGUUCUUUUAUUCUCUCGCAAAGUACUCGAUUUUGGUGUUUGGAUUAAAUUCGCAUAUGGAUAUGCAAAUAGCGUCACCCGUCACCCGUCACCCUCCCCCCCAAAAAAAACCCAGCUUAGCUUGUCUAUUGUGCGUUCACCCUACUCAGAUAAAUCAAUAUCAACUGGUUAAUGCGGGGCUCAGGAUUUCUCAACGUUCUUUUCUGUUAUUUGCUCUAAAUAUUCACUUUUUCGUCAUUCUCUUUCUACCAUUUUUUUUCUUUCUAUUCUCUCUCUCCAGACUCUUUUCUUUCAUAUUUCUCUCUCUAGAGACUUUUUUUUCUUUCGUAUAUCUCUUUCUCGAGACUUUUUUUUCUCUUUCGUAUAUCUCUCUCUCGAGAGAGAGAGACUUUUUUUUUCUCUUUCGUAUCUCUCUCUCUCGAGAGAGAGACUUUUUUCUUUUCGUAUCUCUCUCUCUCGAGAGAGAGAGAGACUUUUUUUUUUCUCUUUCGUAUAUCUCUCUCGAGAGACUUUUUUUUCUCUUUCGUCUCUCUCUCGAGAGAGAGACUUUUUUUUUCUCUUUCGUAUAUCUCUCUCUCUCUCUCGCGAGAGAGAGAGACUUUUUUUUCUCUUUCGUAUAUCCCUCUCUCUCUCUCUCGACUUUUUUUUCUCUUUCGUAUAUCCCUCUCUCUCUAGAGACUUUUUUUCUUUCGUAUAUCUCUCUCUCUCUCUCUAGAGACUUUUUUUUCUCUUUCGUAUCUCUCUCUCUCUCUCUCUCGAGACUUUUUUUCUCUUUCGUAUCUCUCUCUCUCUCUCUAGAGACUUUUUUUUUUCUUUUCGUAUCUCUCUCUCUCUCUAGAGACUUUUUUUUCUCUUUCGUAUAUCUCUCUCUCUCUCUCUCUCUAGACUUUUUUUCUCUUUCGUAUAUCUCUCUCUCUCUCUCUCUAGAGACUUUUUUUUUCUCUUUCGUAUAUCUCUCUCUCUCUCUCUCUCUAGAGACUUUUUUCUCUUUCGUAUAUCUCUCUCUCUCUCUCUCUAGAGACUUUUUUUCUCUUUCGUAUAUCUCUCUCUCUCUCUCUCUCUAG